GAAGGCCUCCGCUUUUGAUUUGGAAGCUGAGGACGGCCAUUUUGGUUCGGUUGUGUGUCUUCUAAUUACGGCCUCCCCCCCAAGUCCUUUAGCCAGCGCCCGCCCAGUUCAUUUGAGUGCAGUGAGCUGAUGUCUUUUUUUUCCUAAGGACAUGCCUUUCUGUAAACAAAAUGGUCUUCAGUUUCUGUUUUGUCCCACUAGGCAGCUGAAAGUUAUGUAUAUUGAGGUAAAGAAGGCAUUUGACUGACAUGAGUUAAUGCUUGAAGCUCUUGCAGAAAAACUGAGUCUUUAGAAAUAAUGUUAAUAAGGAGAGGGUGGAAACCUGAUGUGCUGGGAUAAGGAGAUCAAUCCAAGCAUAGGGAGCAGCAUGGAAGAAGCCACAAAGACUGGAGUGGGCAAAGGAAGGAGGUUAUUAAAGUUUGAAAAAGCACUCACUGUGUUGCGCUAUGGACAGCACAAAGAAAGUUGUUAACACUUCUGAUGAUGGUGGAUUUCUGCUUAGAGUGGGCCUCAAUGAUAACAAAGCUGGAAUGCAAGGACUGGAUAAAGAGAAAAUCAAUAAAAUCAUAAUGGAGGCCACCAAGGGUUCUAGAUUUUAUGAAAAUGAGCUUAAGAAAGAUCAGCAAGUCAACCAACGAAUUGAAAAAAUGAUGCAGCUAAAAGAUAAAAUUACCAGCCAACAGCUUCUGAAAGCACAACUACAGUCCACUUCAAAUUACCAUGCUCGGAGAUUUGGGGUACGUGCAGCCAUGCCUGGAUUUAUUGCUAAGAAACUAUGCCCACAUCUUACUAUAGUGCCAUUAAACUUCAAAAAGUAUAAAGAAGUGAGUAAAGAGGUUAGAGAAAUACUGGUUGAAUAUGAUCCUAGUUUUAUGCCCAUUGGCCUAGAUGAAGCCUACUUGAACAUAACGGAGUACUUAGAGGAAAGACAGAACUGGCCUGAAGAUAAAAGAAGUUACUUCAUCAAAAGAGAAAACACUGCAAAAAAUGGUAAACAAGAUGUAACUGCACCCAGUGAACUAAAGUUGAAUGAAGAUGCACACUCAUCCUCACCAAUAUUGUUUGAAGAUAAUACUUUUAUAACAGAGGAACAGCCAGUUGCUACUUCCCACCUGUACACUGAAGAACGGAGAGAUCAAGAACUGUUGCUAAAUUCAGUGGUCUUUGGAACUUCAGCUGAAGAAGUUGUGAAGGAAAUUCGCUUUCGGAUUGAGCAAAAAACUGGAUUGACUGCCAGUGCAGGAAUUGCUCCAAAUAUGACUUUGGCAAAAAUGUGCAGUGAUCAGAAUAAACCUAAUGGACAGUACAGAAUCUCCCCUGAUAGGCAAUCUGUAAUGGACUUCAUCAAAGAUUUACCCAUUAGAAAGGUGCCUGGUAUAGGAAAAGUAACAGAAAAAAUGCUAAAAGCUCUUGGAAUUCUGACUUGCAAUGAACUUUACCAGCAGAGGACACUGCUUUCUCUCCUUUUUUCAGAAACAUCUUGGCAUAAUUUCUUGGAUGUCUCACUUGGUUUGGGUUCAAUGGAUUUGGAAAAGUAUGGAGAAAGAAAAAGUAUGAGCACUGAACGGACAUUCAGUGAAAUUAACACAGUAGAAGAGCAGUACCGCUUGUGUCAAGAACUUUGCAGAGAUCUCGCUCAGGAUCUGCAGAAAGAAGGACUUAAGGGUAAAACCGUUACCUUGAAACUGAAGAAUGUGAAUUUUGAAGUAAAAACAAGAGCUUCCACAGUGCUCUCUGCUGUUUUUACUGAAGAAGAAAUAUUUGCUGUUGCUAAAGAUAUGCUAAGGACAGAAAUUGAUGGUGUUGCCCCUCACCCUUUGCGGCUAAGACUUAUGGGUAUACGAGUAUCAGGGUUUCUAAAUGAAGAAGAAAAGAAAUACCAACAGAGGAGCAUUAUCAAUUUCUUAAAGCCAGGAAAACAAGCAAAUGCUUCUCUGCUUCAGCCAGGCAAAUCCAGCCAUGAACAUUUUACAAAAGCUUCAGAAACAUCUCACAGAGAGAGUUUUUUUGAUAAAAAGCGAGCUGCAAGGCAACAAAGCAACCAGGAGCUUCUUAUAAACAAACCUGCAAACAAGCAGAACUCACAUGAUAUAAAGUCAUCAGUAAAUACUAUGGAAGAAACAAAUGAUGCCAUAGGCUCAGAGAAUUUGAAUGAGUGUCAUAGCCUCACUUGCCCUGUUUGCUUUAAGGAGCAAAGAGACAGCGAUUUAGAAGCACUUAACAGACAUAUUGACAAGUGCCUCAAUGGGACAUUGGUAAAAGAUAAUGCAGAAAUAUCAACGAGUGAGAAUUCAUGGGAAAAUGCAUAUCAUUUUUCUCCUGACAAUAAAAAGAAAAUAUUUGAAAUGUGUCAAAAAAAUAAAAUGAACAAAUCAGUGGAUACAGUACAGUUAACAAAAGUAGCUGACAACUCUACUAGCAGUAACACAGAAGCAUUCCAUAAAGUAGUAGCUAAUACUAGCAAGGAAAGAGAGCAUAGUCUGCUUAGCGAAACUGCUAGCAACAUGUACCUAGAACAGAAUUUUUCUUCCAAAAUCAUUUCAUUGGAAAAUGCAGAACACUUUGAAAAGUCUGAAUGUACACAAGAAACUCAGCCUUCCUAUUCCUCUGGAGCCAUCAGAGACAAUGUUCUGGUUUGUCCAGUUUGUAACGUGGAACAAAAAACAACUGACCUUUCAUUGUUCAACAGGCAUGUGGAUGUUUGCUUAAAUAAAGGCAUUAUCCAGGAGUUGACAGAGCAAAUAGUUUGUCCAGUUAAGAGUCAAAUUAUGGAAAAUUCAAAGUCAGUUGGAAGCAUGGGCAGAGGACAUCAAUAUAUGAAUCCCACAACAGGAACAAAAAGGCCUGGACUAAUGACACCACAGUCAACACCAAAGAAAGCCAAACCAAGUACUUCCAAGCAAACGAUUGAAACAUUUUUAAAAUGAUGGUGUAACACUUUAUCAUAUAUGAAGAAUUUCAUAAUCAGUGUUUUAUUAUUCAAAUUAGUUUGGUGCAGGUGAAGGAUUGGACUCUGAUACUUGUCACUUUGGAAUCCCUAUAAACCUCCACUGGAGGAAUACAACAUUUGAGACAAAAUAAUAAGUGAUCUACCAGGGACCAGAGCAUUGAAUUAAUUUUCCACUCAAAUCAUUUUUUCACAAUAGUUUUUGUCUAAAUUAUAUCUGUGGAAAAAAGAGCAUGCUAAGAGCGGGCUUUGUUUUAUCUUGACAUAGUGGACACUCAGGGUAUGGAAGUCACCAGCAAUUCAACUUAGGUUGCUAGUGACCGAUAGGUAAUACAUGAUGACUGUUUGUUAACCAGUGUGAAAUGAGGUUGGAUUGAAUUCCGUUUCUGGUGGCCAGAUAUCCACAGCACAAAACAAUUGCUACUCAUUGAUGUCCCUGUUGAUAUUCUCCAUAGGAUUGGGCCCCAAAUCCAAGUCUCAUUGAAGUCAGUGGAAAGCCUGCCACUGACUUCUGUAGGAACUGAUGGGCCAGGUGUGUAGGGCUCAGUCCUGAACAGUGUUUGGCACUCUUGUGGUAUGUUGAGUGACCUCAACACCCACUGACUACAAACACCUUGCAGGAUCAACCCCUUCAAUGAGCAUGGAGUGUGAGAGACCCCCAGAAUAGGUAUGGGGUGUACGGGCUGUGCCUCACUGGUUCUGUGGAGAUAGAGAGAGCUUCAGAUUCCUAUGCAGUUGUCAAACCAGCACCUUUCAAAAGCAAAUUCACUUUAAGAAAAGUUAAGGAUAAACUAGUCCAGUGAUAAUGUGACUGAUGUGCAAAUGUGUAUGACAUUGAAAUAAUAAUCCUGAAUAUAUUAAGACAGGAAAUAACCUUCCUUCUUUUGCUCACGUUUUUUCUCUUUGAAGAGACAUAGUUUAUGCAAAAUACUUUUUGUAGUUUGUUAUAAACCAUGUUUUUAUGAAUAUAUGUAAGGGGGGAAGCUGUAAGGUACACUUAUGUAUUUAAAAUACUCUAUUUACAUUCUUUACUUCCCAAAAAUUCAAUUAUUUAAAUAUUUAGUGUCAAUUUAUAAUCAAAUAUGCUUAUAACGUAAUUUUUUUUCAAGCAAGUCAUUUUGUAAUAAUGAGAGAAUACUUAGAGUUUAUUUUUUUAAAAAAUCAUUAAAAUAUGAAGUAAAAUGGCAUCUCAAAAGAAAAUAUCCACCACAAAUAAUGCAUUUGUGAACAUUAGCUAUGUGAGGACUUUUUUCCUUUAAAAAAAAAAAUACAGCUGCUCUGGUUUUAUGAAUCUGGCUGUCUCUCAAUUUACAUCUGUUUAAAUACAAUGUGAUAAACCUUUAUCUGGAUUGCUUGAUUACUUUUUUAUCUUCUGCUAACAUGGGACCUAAGUCAAUAAAAAAGUGUAGAAGCCAA